ACAUGAGUCGGAGAAAAAGAAACCAGCUCCCCUUACGCACGGACGCUUGAGGGACGAGGUUAACCAAAGAGUGAUUGAUGUUCAUCGAACAUGGAGAACGUGGACUCCUUUACGUUGCUGAACACGAUAAACAUUAGCGCAACCUUGAUCUGCAUGGUUCUCAAAGUUCCGCAGAUUUUCUUGUUGCUAAACACUAAGUGUACCAAAGGGGUGAGCCUCCGGGCGCUACUGCUGGAGAUCACCGGGUAUAUUGUGUUUGCCACAUACCAGAAACACCAUGGAUACCCUAUUGCUACAUUCCUGGAGUACCCAAUCAUGGUAGCUCAAGACUCUGUCCUUCUACUGAUGAUGCUCCACUACGAUGGCAACCUCUGGCAGAGCCUCAUCUAUAGCCUGGCAUAUGUAGUGGGAUGGCAGCUGCUGAGUUUGCAAGGCUGGAUAAUUGACCUUGCAUUGUCCUUCUGCACUUUCAUCAGCGGCAGCAGUAAGUUCAGUCAGCUGCAGUGUCUGUGGGCGUCAGGAGAUGCUGGACAGGUCAGCGCCCUCACCUGGGCCAUGGCCACAUACACCUGCAUAGCGAGGAUCUUCACAACCAUAUCCACCACUGGAGACCUGAAAGUUCUGCUGCGGUUCUUCGUAUUGACCACGCUGAACGGCUGGGUCUUCGUCACCAUUGUGUACUACAGGUUGCGUGGGAAAAAACUCACAUGAAGAACGCAGUGUUACCAUGGAGACGGCCACACUCGCCAGCCUAACGGAGUGCUGGAACAUCUGUGCUGUUGCUGUGGUGACCAAUUACUACACCAAUUGGUUUCUGAGGGUUGUUGUCUUCUGGUUCAAUACUGAAAGUCUUGAGAGAGCAACAGCACCACCACAUAUGAAACAACGGAGCUAUUUUCUGUAUAUUACAGUAAAUCACAAUAUGCACUAUGCUUUACCUUUAAAAGUCUUACUUAAUGUUUCAUGGGGAUCUGAAAGGAUGACCUCAGUUGCAUUAUAUAAGUUUUUGUUUAGCCCUACCUCUGACAACUAAGCAAAUAUGAACUUCAUUUACGGAUGAUCGAUGCAUGAUUUAUGUGUGACACUACUAACGUGUCUAUGUGGGAAUGAAAUUUGUUUAAAAGUAGUCAACAUGUGUAAAUUAAAUUGUGAAUAAAAAUGGCAUUUGUAGUAUG